UUCCUCCACACGGCAGAGGCUCCUCAUCCUCAGGUGAAGAAGCCCACCUGCCACAGGUGGAGUUGACAGAAUAGGUGGAUCAACUUGAGCAGUGAUCACCAGGCGCGUGCGCAGAGAGGCUCCGCGUACACGCGGGGUGCCAUCAGGCCUCGUUAAAUAUGUAGAGCGCAGCUCAGGUGUCAGCGCAUGACGCCCAAUAGGGAGCGGAAGGCCGGGCCGCUGUGAGCUGACAGGAGCGGCACCGGGGCGGUCACACACCCGGAAACCAGCCGCUCUGCAGCAGCGGCGGCGGCGGCAGGAGCGCACGAACCCCAAACGAACGUAGCCGGGAGGAAACUUCAAAAAAGGAGCCAGAGACACCCACCGGGGGGCCGACAGAGACCCGGAAACGCCACACUGUCACUCGCUUAGAAUAGAUAGAAGUUAGUUUACGGGUCUGGUGAAGUGAACAACACCGGGCUGCGAGGCUCUGUUGUGCGCGGCGCUCGCGGUGGGACUCCAGGAAGAACGGACACUGCUCGUGAACGCACCAUGUCCCUGUGGAUCCAGGCGCAGCAGCUCCAGGGGGAGGCCCUGCAUCAGAUGCAGGCUCUCUACGGCCAGCACUUCCCCAUAGAGGUGCGGCAUUAUCUGGCCCAGUGGAUCGAAAGCCAGCCUUGGGAUUCUGUGGAGCUGGACAACCCUGCAGAGGAGACGAAAGCCAAGCGUCUGCUGGACAACCUGGUGGGCGAGUUGCAGAAAAAAGCCCAGGUUCAGGGAGGAGAAGAUGGUUUUCUGCUGAAGAUCAAGCUGGGCCACUAUGCGACCACACUCAAGAGCACCUAUGACCGCUGUCCUCUGGAGCUGGUGCGCUGCAUCAAACAAAUCCUGCAGUCUGAGCAGCGGCUGGUUCAAGAAGCUACAAAUGUGAGCUGUGGGAAUGGGCUGCAGGCCAUGGACUCUCUGUCGCAGCGCCACCAGCAGAUCAACCAGGCCUUUGAGGAGCUCCGCUUGGCCACGCAGGAAACGGAGAACGAGCUGAGGAAGCUGCAGCACAGCCAGGAGUACUUCAUCAUCCAAUACCAGGAAAACCUGCGGAUCCAGGCACAGCUGAGCAGCCUUUCCUCCCUGCCGGCGGCCGAGCGCUCCCAGCGGGAAACGCCUCUGCAGAGCAAGAGGGCCACCGUGGAGGCGUGGCUUACCAGAGAGGCCAGCACGCUGCAGAAAUACAGGCUUGACCUGGCAGAACAGCACCAGAAGACCUUGGCGUUGCUCAGGAAGCAGCAGACUUUGAUCCUGGAUGAGGAACUCAUUCAGUGGAAGAGAAGACAGCAGCUGGCUGGGAAUGGAGGUCAACAUGAGGGGGGGCUGGACAUUCUGCAGUCCUGGUGUGAGAAGCUGGCCGACCUGAUCUGGCAGAACCGGCAGCAGAUCCGGCGCUGCGAGCAUCUGACCCAGCAGCUGCCCCUGCCGGGCCCCAUGGAGGAGCUGCUGAGGAAGCUCAACGCCGACAUUACGGACGUCAUCUCUGCCCUGGUCACCAGCACAUUCAUCAUUGAGAAGCAGCCACCCCAGGUGUUAAAGACCCAGACAAAGUUUGCAGCCACGGUCCGCCUUUUGGUGGGGGGAAAGCUCAACGUCCACAUGAGCCCCCCCCAGGUCAAAGCUGCCAUUGUCAGUGAACAGCAGGCCAAGGCGUUGGUGAAGAAUGAAAGUACCAACAGUGAAAGCAGCGGGGAGAUCCUGAACAACAACUGCGUGAUGGAGUAUCAUCAGGCCACCGGCACCCUCAGCGCUCACUUCAGGAACAUGUCGCUGAAGCGAAUCAAGCGCUCUGAUCGCCGUGGCGCCGAGUCUGUGACGGAGGAGAAGUUUACAAUCCUGUUUGAGUCUCAGUUCAGCGUCGGAGGCAACGAGUUGGGUUUCCACGUCAAGACCAUGUCGCUGCCUGUGGUGGUGAUCGUCCACGGGAGUCAGGACAACAACGCCACGGCAACGGUCCUGUGGGACAACGCCUUUGCCGAACCUGGUAGGGUGCCCUUCGUGGUGCCCGACAAGGUGAAGUGGCCUCAGAUAUGCGAGGCUCUGGACAUGAAGUACAAGGCGGAGAUGCACACCACCCGUGGGCUGACGGAGGAGAACCUGGUCUUCCUGGCGCAGAAAGCUUUUACCAGCAGCAGCAACAACCCGGAGGAUUACCACAACAUGACCGUCUCCUGGGCCCAGUUUAACCGGGAGAACUUGCCUGGUCGCAGCUUCACAUUUUGGCAGUGGUUCGAUGGCGUGGUGGAGCUCAUGAAGAAACAUCUGAAGCCGCACUGGAAUGAUGGGGCCAUCCUGGGGUUUGUCAACAAGCAGCAGGCGCAGGACAUGCUCAUGUCCAAACCCAACGGCACCUUCCUGCUGCGGUUCAGUGACUCGGAGAUCGGAGGCAUCACCAUCGCCUGGGUGGCGGAAAAUCCCAACAAACAAGGGGAAAGACUGGUUUGGAAUCUGCUGCCGUACACCACCAAAGACUUCUCCAUCCGCUCGCUGGCGGACCGCAUCAGUGACCUGAACCAUCUGGUGUAUCUGUACCCCGACCGGCCCAAAGACGAGGUCUUUGCCAAGUACUACACGCCCCCACUGUCAAAAGCGGUGGAUGGAUACGUGAAACCAGAAAUCAAACAAGUGGUUCCCGAGUUUACCUCUCCAAACCCCGAGCCCAGUGGGGUAGCGUCUACCUUCAUGGACCAGGGCGUCCUCCCCCCUGCAGGCCAUUCCAGCAGCUUCACCAUCUACCAUCCGGUCGGUGACAACAUCCUGGACACAGACGCAGAGUUUGAAUUGGACUACCCCAUGGACGUGGCCCGUCACGUUGAGGAGCUGCUUCGCAGGCCUGCCGUCAACCAGUGGAGCAGCCAGCAAUGAGCCCAGCCCCCAGACCUGAGCCCCCUCCUAAAUAACACAGACCAAUUGUUGGACCACAGCCCAGACGACGACUAAUACUAAAAGAUUAAAAUAAGUGCUUUCAUUAAUAAGUAGCUUUAGCCUUUUAAGGUUUUUAUCUUUUAUGUUCAUUCUUUGAGUAACAACACAACCUUCCUCAGGUAAAAGUGCAAAGCACAUUAGUGGGACUGAGUGGAACUGAAUUUUCUUACCAGAAUCCCACUCCUGGUACCAGAUUUAGGACAGCAUCACCUGUGAAGAAACCAAAACUAAUCAUGAACCGGUCAGUUUACUCCCCUGUAGGAGACGACACCUCCCUCAAAGAGCAGAAACAUCAGAAGCUGCGUUUUCUCGUGGACCCCGUCGCUGACCCGUCAGGACCGACCUGCUCACGCCUCAUACAGGCGGUCCUGCAGGUGUGGAGCUGCAUGACCGCUGCUCACCUGGGACAUUCAGAUAAGCUGUGGAGUCCUCCUGUCAGCUACAUUCAUUUUAAGGGGACAGCCAACAUUUUUUAGACGUAGUUUAUGAAAGUUUUUGUCGACCCGUUUAGAUAUUGUUGAAGAACUGAGGAGCUGCUUAGUUUUUUUAUUCAUUCGUUUGGACCAAAACUGCUUUUCUCCUAUCCAGAACACAAUUACACUGACAUUUUUUCUCUGAGCAGUUUUUUAUGUAAAUUUUGACAUAGUCUAUUUUUACAUGAGCAGGAAUUUCACACGUGCCUGAGACGAAACCAGAGGACGCGCAGAAAAUAGGCUUAAUAAUUCUAAAUUCUUCUUUGUCUUGGAAAUAGUUGAACAUGUGCUGAAAAUGGGUUAUAAUUGAUUGUUUUCACCGUCUGGGCAUGUGGUGAAGGCAGAACACCGCCACCGCGGUUAGAACUUAGUGCCUUAGGGGCGCCAUUAAGAUCAGCCACCGUCAUGUGACCCUGAUUUCAGAUGUGCUUUAAAACCCCCAGAAAAGCAGAUAAAAUAUGUUUACAACCUCUAAAUUAGCUGAGAUGAGUCUGAGAGACGGCCGUUCAUGCAUGUGUUCACGCACACAGACGUGUUGGUGAUGUGAUCACCGCGUUCAGCCUCCUCCCGCCAUACGGCGUCACGGUGAACUUUUGGAGAUGAUUCCAUGCAGACUUUCAGUCUGCACUAACGUAGUUUAGGUGCUGAAAUGGGACGUAGGGUUCUGCCAAGUGUUCGUCUUUAAUGCUUCUGCUCUCUCUAAUGCUGCCUUACAUUAAGAUGUUCCCAAGGGCUGCACUCUGAUGCUAACUGUUGUUUUUCUAUGGAGUUGUUUACUUUAAUUGCGGUACAAUAUAUUGUUCGGACAGAUUUGGUACAUUCUCUUUAAAUAAAAUACGGUGUCCUUACUUUU